AUGCUAGCAGAUGCUUACGACUUUUUACUGAAAUUGCUUCUAGUUGGUGAUUCUGGUGCUGGAAAGUCUUGCUUGUUACAUCAUUUCUUAGAAAACCAAUUUAAAAAGGAUUCAGUCAACACAAUUGGAAUGGAAUUUGGCACUCGCAUUAUACACAUUGCAGAUAAAAGCAUAAAGCUCCAAAUCUGGGAUACAGCCGGACAAGAACGAUUUAGAUCGUUAACGAAGAGCUACUUUCGAGGUGCGGCUGGAGCGCUUGUGGUGUAUGAUAUUUGCAAUCGAGAUACAUAUUUAGGCGUGCGAUCAUGGUUGACGGAUGUUCGAGCAUUAGCAAAUCCAGAGCUUGUUAUUAUACUGGUUGGAAACAAAAACGAUAAAGACGAAAGGGAAGUGUCGUAUCUGGAGGCCAGUCGAUUUGCUCAGGAACAUGAAAUGAUGUUUUUGGAAGCUAGUGCAUUAUCUGGAGAUGGUGUGGAAGAGAUGUUUUUCAAGUGCGCGAGGUCGAUUUUGAGCAAAAUUGAGACAGGGCAAAUUGAUCCAGAAAGAAGCGGAAGUGGAGUGCAGUUUGGUGAUUCAAGCUUAAGGAGAAUGACUCAACGAACCAGAACAAGGAAGAAGGAGCGAUCAUGCUGCUUUUAA